AUGGAACAUCCAAACCAAAAUGGACAGCCUCCUUCGAAGAUGAGUUCAAUACCAACUCAAAAUAGUCGGGUUGGUGAAAUUAAUUAUCCUAGAUUUUUGGAGUUUGAUUGUUCUGUUAACCCAUCUGAUUUCGGUCCCUCUCAACAUCUUUUACAACAUCAAAACCCUGCAAAAGUCACUAAAAAUAAUCCUUAUACAGGUCGAUUUCGUGUUUUAAAACCACCACAACCACAAUCAUUAUCACAACGAGGAAGAGAAACAUGCGAAGCCAAAGUUUCACAAAAUUCGGAAAGAAAUACGUUGAAAGCUUUUGCUGAAUUUUACAAUUUCUCUUUAUCUCCAGGUUUAUUUAAUGAAUUAAAUCGCCACUUGCCCAACAAAGAAGAUGAUCUUUUCAAAUUUGAAAGACUUAUAGAAGAAUCCUCUUCAUCCAAGGGUUCAGCCACAUUUCUUGUGUUAAGGAUACUUGAUUUUUAUGCUACCAAAAAUUCCAGCAUGUCAGAUUGUUAUGGAAUGAUCGAAAUUAUCUCAAGAGGAAUAAAGAGAUUGGGCUUAACGGAAAAUAUACCUUCAAAAGAAGAUUUUGAGAAAUACUUGGUAGAUUAUUCCUAUUCAUCAAUUGAACCCAAUUUAUUUGGGUCCGGAUCAAAAAAAGUCCCUUUCUGUGCAAACUACUGUUGCGCUUUUACUGGAGACCACAAGAACGAUAGAAGUUGCCCUCAUUGCUUUACUACUAGGUCAGACGACAUCUCUGAUUGGUACAUUUCGCCAAUCCCUAUGAUCCGCAAGCUUUUCUUAGACCCAAAAAUUUGCGAAAUUUUCAAGUUCCCACACAAAAAGGACACCGAUUACAUUCGUGACGUUUGGGACGGAGAUUAUAUACACGAACUUGAAAGUAAAGGUAUCGGAAUCCGCUCUCAAGAAUCAGAUGCCUACGCUAAAGAGAUUGAGUUUAUUCCUCUUUUUUUUGGUCUAAUGGUCGACAGUAAUGAUGGAUUUUGGAGUGAAACAUCUGAAGUCAUGAACGCGUCUUUAGUACUGUACAAUGUUCCUAUCAAUAUGAGAGAUUCGAUCAAGCAUUUCUUCCCAGUAAUGAACUACCCUAAGAGAAAGUUUAAUAAUAAGCCUAUAAACUACUCAUCUUUUCUUCAAACCAUAGUUGAUGAUUUCAAUCGUAUGAAGCAUGGUUUUAUUGUGCGUACUGGCAACGACUCGCGCUAUGUUAUGGUAACGUGCCACUUGGUCUAUUUUAAUGGAGAUAUGACUGCUCGGCCUGAUGCAGCAGGUAUUGUUGCUCCGUCUGGAAAUUUCAGCUGCUUUAACUGUUAUAUACCUACUUCAAAGUUUGGAGGUAAACCCUCUUUUAUCAGGUUGGACCCAAAUGAUCCAAAUCGAUAUUUGCAGAAUAUUGGUGGCGAAUUUCAAGUUCGAAACAAUCAGACUUACCAACAGGACAUGAAGAACCUGAAGAACCUGCAGAACCUGCAGAAACUGAAAGCCCCGGACCUGAUAUCCACGAUUAACAAGCAAUAUACUGGCAUACGUGAAACCUCUUCUUUGCUCACACUCAAAACUAUAUCUCUUGAAGAUUCAUUUCCUCCAGAUGCUUUUAAUCUUUUGUUUGAAAAUCUUGAGCGUGAGUUUCUAGACCUCCUUUUGGGCGUUCCUUUGGGGAAUACGCUGUACCCGUGCAAGAAUUUUCCAAUGGAUCUUUUGCUAAAUAUGGAAGCCCGGGCCAUCCUUGGAAGAUUUUUUAGUUGUUUUAAUCAAGUGGGUCUUGCUUCUAAAAUGAUGGAUCGAGAGUUCAAUCUACACACGUUUUUUAGCGGGAAGAUUUAUAAUCUAGUAGAUAUUGAGCUCAAAACCAUUUUGGAAAUCUUCCCUGUUUUUGUUGUUCUUUUGGACAAUGUUAUCACUCCGAAGCAACGUACAUUUAUUCAGCUUUGCUGUGAUAUGUUUUGCGUUUUUCGUGUUUUUUACAUGGAAGCGAUUCCUCGCGAUGUUUUGAAGCAGUUGGAGCCAUGUAUCAAAGGCAUGGUAAAACGGUUUGAAGAGCUAACUACGUCAAACUACACUAAACCUUACAACUGUUGCACAUUGCCUUUGCACACACUUUUACAUAUUGUGAAGAUCGUUGAGAGAACUGGAAACCCAAGAGCUCAUUGGACUUGGAGAGCUGGGCGCAAAACCAAAAUCAUCAGGGACAAUGAUACUAAACGCAUCAGCAGAUUUAUUUCUGAGUCUUCUAAUUUAAAGAUGCAGAGAUACGGCUAUAAUGUUUUUAUGGGUGAGAUACCUGUAAUUGAAUUUGGAGAGGUCAAGCUGCAAAAGCCGUAUAUGAACCAAGAUUUCGAAUCUACUGAUAACGGUGAGCGUUCUCAUUUAAGUACAAAUACGAUUAAGGGACUUAUUGGAAAGGACACAGAGCAUUACGAGGAAUUGACUCGGUACGAUGAAUGCCUUUUUUUAGCAUCCAACAAGGUCAUUAAGUCGGGUAGUUAUGCUCGGGUGGAGUCAGACCAUAAAGACACAUUUUCGACCAUUUGCAUUGUGUUGGACUUGAUCUCUUACAAGACAGAAGAUGGGGAUCUUGUUGAGAUGGCUGUGAUUAAGAAGAUCAAAUCUUCUGGCUUAUUUCACGUUAAGGGCUCCAAAGAGAGCUUUUCAUUCACUGAGGAUGGGAUGGACCUUUUGACAUACAAUGUUGACCCUUUGACAUUUGAGCUUCCCAUGUUGGUGGAGACAUCUAAGUUGUUGAAUCCCAUUUAUUUUGUUGAUGCUGAUAUGAUGUUUCCGAAUAAUCCAGGUUCUUUUUAUCUCAAUUUUUUUUUGGAGGACAACCGGUUCGCAGGGUACACUCUUCCAUCAAAGGACAUUGUCGAGCUUUUCACAUUCGAGAAGCAAGAAAAAGUGAAUGAAGCUUACAAAGAUAUUUUUUGCGCUACACCUCCACCUCCACCGACUAGUGAAACAUUGUUGCAAAGCCGCAAUAACUUGAAGAACAUGUUAAGGUAA